UCGGGUUCAAGGUUCAACCCUUUAAACUUUAAUCAACAUUUAUACUCUUAUACACUUGCCAUAAAUAAAAGUGUAAUUUACUUAUAAAACUUCCUCGAGUCAUGAGAUUCUCACACACAAUAAAAUUUCCUAAAGGGAAGGAAAGGCCAACCCCAACUGUUCCAAAUUACCGCUAAAACUUCCUCAUUACUCAACUCCCACACAUUUUAUUUUCCUCCAAAAAUUUCAAAUAACUCCCGCGUCUUUCUUUUCCUCCUCCCCUCCUUUUCUUUCUUUCCCUCUUCCCAUAAACCUCCACAUUUUCCUCUCACUCACUCCGAGCUGAAAACUUCAACUGCUCUGAGCUCUCUAGACCCAAAAAAACCCACUUGUUUUUUGUUUUUUUGAAGAAAUGGGAAAUAGAUCGAGAGCUAAAAAAGCUGAGAGUUUUGGAAAGGGAAAAGUGACCCCUCUCCAAGUCGCAUUCAUCGUGGAUCGCUAUCUCUGCGACAACAACUACUCCCAAACUCGCUCCAGUUUCAGAACUGAAGCUUCUUCUCUCAUCUCCACAUCCCCAGUUCAAGAGGCACCGAAGAGCUUGUUGACUUUGGGGGCGAUGUUGAAUGAGUACAUUAGUUUGAAGGAGCAGAAGGUGAUGUUGGAGCAAGAAAGGGCUCGAUUAGAUCAAGAGAAAUCUCGGGUUCAAACGCUAUUGCACGGUAUGCAAUCUGCCAUGAACACUUACAAUGCAAGCGGAAGCCUCCCGUCGCUGCCACCGAAUAUGGCCGCUGACACCACGAGAUCUGCUGUUGUGGUGGCUCCACAACCAGUCCAAGCUAGUACUUCAGGCUGGCCAGUGCAAAAUACACCGACUGUUAAACCAGUGUCCACUCCUUCCAACGCCAUUAUGAAUCCUGGGACUUUAUACACACCAAUCACAGAUCCAUCUGCACAAAAAAGAAAGGAUGUUAGGGUUGCAACAGAUGCACCUCCAGCUGCAAAGAGAUCUCGUUGUGACUUACCCACCAGAAAGCUUCCAAACAGAGGUGCAAAUACACUUUCACAAUCAGUUAAUACAGUUGAUUGUCAGGAAAUUGCUCAGCCUUCUAGUGCAAUGCAACCAUCGCCUGAUAACUAUCAUCCUGUAGGGCCGUUGGUUCAAGGAUCUAGUGUUGCCAAAUGUUUGUUCAACCAGCCUUCGCUCUCCAUUCCAAGCAAUUCAUCUGGUCCUAAGACACCUGCAAGAGCAAACUCUAGUCAAAGUGAUAAAUCCACAUCUCCUCUGGAGAUUUCUUCCAGUGUCAAUUGUAGUAACAGCAAUACUCCUCAAGAGGUUACCCCAACUCGUUGCACUGUAAUCUCAUCAAAAAGAGUUACUGUGAGUCCAAACAAACAAGUAAUGUACGCUAUGGAGAGGAGCCAUUGCAUUUCCUCUUCCUCACCAAUUAAGACAAAUUUGAAGAGACAGAGUAAGAGGGAUCAUGUUAAAGGAAGGCUAGAUUUUGAUGGGUCUGAUGUGGUAACAAACUCAGACAAACCUAUUGCUGAUGAAAUUUCUACACCAGAGUCUGGAAAGGAAGUGGACAUUUUUGAUAUUGAUUUGUCUAAUUUAGAUGCAUUUGGAGAUUUCUCCUUCACUGAAAUGUUAGAUGAUCUUGAUCUUGACUGUGAAGGAAUUAAUUAUACCUGCAAUCCAUCCCUGGGUUCUUCGAUUGACACUGUUUCAGGAUCAUCAUCUCAUGAAUCGGUGGAUGGUAAUGUGGGGGCUAAUCAAGUGAUGUCAGAAUAUACAUCAACUGUGACUGAAGUACUAUCAGAGAAAGGCAUGAAUAUGAAUGGCUCGGAUUCUCUGACUGCAGUGAAGUCCAUAACAAAAUGCAUACGGAUUUUAAGCCCUGCAAAAAGUUGUAGGAGUAAUUUGGAUCGGGAUAAUUGCUUUGCAAGAAACUGACUGGUUGAAGGAAUGACUCUUAAGCUGACAUAGAGGUUGUACAUUUUUGUGGAGGUUGCUGUUAACAAAUGAACAUUGAAGAAUCAAAUUAUUUGAAAAUUCUUGAUCAAAUGUACUUAGUUUUCCCUUCUGUUCAAAUGUGAAUCGAAUGCUUAAACAUAUUCAUAGGAAUAAAGAGGACAAAUUGAGGACAUUUUGUAUCAAGCCAAGAAUGUCUGCAGUUUCUCUACUUCAUCUGGGCUUCCAAUGAAAAUUGGUGUACGCUGGUGAACCUGACAAAGAAGAAAGUAAAUGUCAGCUGUGGUUGGAAUUAAAUCCCUUAUUAAGUUACUCUUUCCUAGUGAAUUUUACAACUGAUAGCAAGACACUUUUUGUUCAAAGAAGCUCUUUGAAUUUGUGGGUUUAGUCCCUAUUGUAGCACAAAUUUCCAAUGUCCUGUUUACAUUUGUUACAUAAAUCAAUUGUAGAAGUGCUAUGUUUGAUUUUGCAAAAAAACUAUUGAUAAUGAGAAGCUUUUAUUACCUCCUCU